AUGGCUAUGUAUAAUUCCUCUUCCAAUAAUAAUCAACAUGAGAACGAUAUUACUAUUAUAAAUUCUUUAUUUUCCUCUGAUUAUAAUUAUGAACCAACACAUGUUGAUAUAUCAGAUCAGAAUACUAAUGAUAACCGUGAUUAUUUUUUUAUUGAACAUGAUUUACAAGAUAAAAUGAAACAAAUUGAACAAAUUCUAAGUUAUUAUCGACAAGAUCUUAAACAAGAAUCAAAUACACAAUUAGACUGUGAUCGAAAUUUAAUAACACGUCUUGUUGAUUUUAUUCGAUCAGAAUAUUCUUCAAAUAAAAAUAAAAUAAAAGAUUUAGAUAUAUUAUUUAACGAAAUAUUAAAUUUAAAUGAGAAGAGAUUUAUUGAACAAAAAGAAAAAAAAAAUGAACAAGUCCAGAAGGAAAUUGCAAAUUUGAAAAAAUUAAUUGUCACAUCAACUAAUGAAGAUCAUAUUACAAAAAAUAUUUCUCAAAUAAAUUCAAUGAUUGAUUAUAAAAUAUGGAUGGAAAUAGAAGAGGAAACAAGAAAACUUUAUAAUUUAGUUGAACGACAACAAAAUCAAAUCAAUGAACUUAUCAAACUUAUACCAUUACAAGAAAUUCAUUCAAGCCGUCAUUCUCCAUCCAGAAGCAUCGUUACUACUUAUGAACCUCAACUUAGCGAACAACUACCAACUGUCAUUAAUCCUAAUGAUGAAAGUAAACUUAUGACUAGAAUUGCAAUUGGAACUAAUUCACAACCAUAUCCAGAAUCACUUGUAGAUGCAUUAAAUAAUGCAACACAAUAUGAAGAGCCAUCCGUCUCUCGUACAUUGUCACAUAAUAACAAAAAAAGAUGUCCUUUAUGCAAUUAUGAAUUUCUUAUAACAAAUGAUGAACUUGAAAUGUAUACACAUGUCGAAACAUGUUUGAUUUCAGCGAGUUUAGAUGAUUUUGGUCCUUUAGUUGAACCACAACAAUAUGAAUGUCCAAUAUGUAAUCAACGAUUUUCAGGCAAUGAUGAUGAAGCAUAUCGUGAACAUUUAUCGAAUUGCUAUAGAGAAUCUAGUGGCAAUUUUUAA